AUGGCACCCAAACGUAAGUCGACUGGUCGGGGAGGAGGAGCAGGCAGAAGCAACAAGAGGGCGAAGGGGGCCAACGCGACAGGGGGCUCGUCGUCGUCAUCAGUUGUCCUGCCAGAACUGGAGGCCCCUCUCUUUGGUGAUGACCUUAUGAUAGACGAUGAGGAUAGGCAGAAGCUGAAGGAGAUGACUGAGGUCGAACGAGAAGCUGUAUUCAACGAGAGGUAUGAGCAGCUGGUGAGAUAUCGUGAGAGGAAGAAAGCCUUAGAGAGGUUAAAGGCAAAGGGUGUAACUGCAUUGCCAGUGGCUCGGUCACCGAAGAGGUCCAAGGCUGGCGAGGAGUCUGAUGCGGAGUCAGAGUCGAGUGAAUCCUCCAGCGGUGAAAGCGAGUCUGGUUCCUCUUCUGGUGAUGAUAAUGACGAUGAUGACGAGGAGGCCUCCUCGGGGUCGUCCGAGUCAGAGAGCAGCUCUGGGGAGAAGAGUGAUGCUGAAGAGGAUGAGGAGGGAGUAGAUGCUGAGAACACAGUGCGGCGGCCCCGUGUUCGAUGUAUUGGGGCAUUAAAUUUGUGGGUUGGCCUUCCGAGCUUAGCUGAGUUUAUCCAAGCUCUCGCCCAGACACGGGCUGCUAGAGGAUCUUGGAACAUCCUAGGAAAUAGUCGCCGUAUCCAUGUUUCUCAGGUGUAA